AUUAAUUUUUAUCAGAACUUAUGGAACACUGAUGGCAAAAUUCUUAAAAUAUUGAACUGUAGGAGCAAAAUUUCGGUGACUAAUGGAGAUUUGUGAAUUUUUCCCAUUGAAAAAGAAUUUCCACUGUAACCUGACAUUUAAACCACCCUGUAUAUGGGUAUAAUCACCGGUCCGUGAUUAUCGCGUGGUACAAGUUGUUAGAGCGUAUAGUUUUUUUAACGGUAGGCACUGAGCACUACUGCAACCCAUGCAUUUCUGGUAAUUUUAAGAUUUUUUAAAGGCGAUAUGCAAUCUGGAAUGUGAGACACGGAUCGGAUUGUAUGCACAUAAUUUAUUGCAUUUUCUUCCUGCUCAAUUAACUAAAUAAACCUUGUUUUCCUUCUUUUCUUCGUACUUAAGAACAGACCAGAGACCUGUUUGCAAGUGCUCAUUUCAUCUUGGAACGUGAAGCUGUAAGGAAUUUACCUGUAUUUUGUUGAAGAUUUUUGGACGAUAUGGCUCACAAUCGGAGAUACGGUCAAGUCGAGGUGGUCGAAGCUUUCAAGAAAAUGCCGAGUUUUAGAGAUGACCAUAUCGACGUCGAUGAUCUCAACGCCUUAUUUGCGACGAUGAAGUACACCUGCACUGAGGAGCAGAGGGCAAUAUACAGGGCUUAUUUGCGUGACUUUCACAACAAAAAACUUUCUCUGGACCUUGCCGUCGCUUGUUUUGCAGUAAUUGACGACCCAAAAGAAAUGAUGCGACACAAUGUCACCGCCAUGGACAAAGAUAAGAACGGAUUUAUCGAUGAAUCCGAGUUCAAGUGUAUCGUUCAGUUGUUGCUGAUUCACGAUCCGAACUUCCCAAGGGUCGACUACAACAAGUUUUUUGAGGAGGCUGACGUAAAUAAGGAUGGGAAAGUUAGCAUUGACGAAGCUGUGGAGUGGAUCGGCCAAAAUGUACCAAAAUAAGAAAUUUCUUUCAACAUUGCUCUGCAAUUUUUUCAGCCAAUCAGUAUGAAAAGAGGGAAAAGAUAUGUAAAUUUGCAUAUUUAGAGGUGGGUGCCAAUAUAACCACCCAACUAAAAUUUUUUUUCUUCCAACCAAAAGCUAUAAUUUUUGCAACACUAAAAUUUGCAACCAAUCGAAUUUUUUAAUCC